AUGGCUGAUAUCGCAGCCCGCGAGAUUGAGAUCGACAACGAUACCCCUGUCAAGCCUCCCAAGGCGCCCAAGGUUUCGAAGCCUGCAAAGGUUUCCAAGAAGGCUCAGCCGUCCCAAGUCAAGAACGUCGGCAAGGGUUCCAACGCGAAGGCAGCUGUCAAGAAGUCAUCUGACGUCAAGUCUUCGGAUGGUUCUUCUAUCCCUCUGCUCUGCUGCAUCUGCUCCAGCCACCCUCGCUUCUCUGACGUUUCUCACUUGUUGACCCACUUGAGCUCCAAGGGCCAUCUUCACACCUUGAACACUACAAGACUCGAGUCCCAUGCAGACCUCUCUGCCGCUGCGACCAUUGCCACCUAUGACACCUGGUAUACCAAGCACAAUCUCGAGCGUUUGCUCGCAGAGCGUCUCAUGGCAGCCAGAGGAAUGACCAAUGGCAAGCGACCUGGCCAGCACCUCGCUCAGCCCGUGAAGAAAAAGAAGUCCCUCGCUGUGGCUGUCAAGACUGAGCACGACAACAACGCUCCUUCAACUCCGUCUGUCAAGAAGACGGGAAGUUUCGAGCACCAGGAAGCAAUUACAUUCUUUGGAGAAGAGGGCGAGCCAGCUGAUCCUGGUCCUGACUAUGUCGAGGAGGACUACGACACUGUUAGACUCAAGGGUAUUAUCUGGCCCGGCAUGAGUCUCUUCGACGCCGCUACCCCGGAUCAGAGGAAGAAGCGGAACCAGCGCAAGGACGCCUCGGUCCUCCUUCAGAUGGAGCUUGACUCUCAGGCUGUCACCACCCUCGAGAUGGUGGCUAACCUCAACUUGGAGGUUGAGAAGACUCGCAGUGUCUACGAUGCCCCUUCCAUUGAGGGUACUCCGCCUGCCAAAAAGCCCAGAGGUCGUCAGAGACGCGCUGUCACCGAUGGCUUCGAGUCUCCUUCUGUUGGGGUCAAGGAAGAGCCAGACACGGACGACGAGGCCCUCAUGCGGCCCACUCGUGCCAGACAGCCCCGAACUAAAAAGGGUCCGAAGGUCAUGGCCAGCCCCUCCCCCGAGGCAGACUUCCAGAAUUCCCCCGAAAGAUUCGAGAUUGCCAGCGACGACGCCGAUGUCAGUGUCCCCAACCAUGGGUUUGCUCUAGGCACUGAAAUGCCUCUUGGUAUUGCCUACAACGACAAUUCCCAUGGCGACGUUGACGCGGACAACGAUCCUGACCCGGACAGUUUUGAUACGGACUUCGACGAGUCCCAAUUCGCGGAUCAGAUGGGCAACUUCAAAUCAACUUUCACACUCCCUGAAGGAGCUGAUGGAGGAGCCGGCGAUGUCUUCAGAGACGGCUCUUCUGACUCCCGCCAACCCCCGACCCAGAUCACAGAUCAAGCUAGAUUCAAUGUGCGAAGUCGUAUCCCCCUCCAACCGAUGAACCCGAACUCAAACCUGACGUUGGCGUCUCCUACCCCUGCUGCGAAGCAGCUGUCGCACCGAACCUACAAGGGGAAGGAAAAUAACCGUGGCUUGCAGGAUCCGGCAUUUGGAAAUCACAACUUCUUUGGUGGUCACAACGCUCACUUGAACCAGGCCAGAAUGUCCAAUAUGGGGUUGGCUCCCCCCUUCCACAACUUCGCGCAUGCACAGGCAAUCGACUCUGUCUUUCAUACUCACUACCCGCACCAUUGGCCACACAAUGCGCACCACGGAUUCAACCCAAUCAAUGGCCACCCGGAUCAACGGAACCUGUACCACCCUCGCAUGUUUCCCAUCGCUCCCAAUGUCUUCGACGAGAACGAUCCGGGCCAGGGCUUGGAUGGCGGUUUCAAUGGAAAUUUCUGA